AUGGCUAUUGAACUCUAUUCAUUUUCUGUAAAUAGGGACAAUUGUAUACAAAUAAUAAACUCUAUAAAUAUAUCUAUAGUAGUAAUAAUUGCCGAUAUAAAUGGAACCCCAAUUAAUACACUUCCAGACAAUGGACUAGCUACACAUCAAGCUGGAAAUUAUCAUAAUGACUCUACUUUAGUUACGUCUAUCAAAAAUGAUUAUUAUGAUGGUGAGGCUAAUAUUUAUACUCACGAUAAUAUAAAAGUAGCGACGUUUACUUACGAAAAAGGUGUGGCGAAUGGAACAUGCACUUUCUACCACCGAUCUGGAAAGCUUUCCUUUCAGAGAUAUUUGAAAAAUGGCUACCGAUAUGGAAUCGGGGUAGAAUACACUGAAGAAGGGGAAGUUAUAUAUAAAGGCGUUUUCAAGGACGGUCAUCAAUAUCCUUAUAUUUCUAUAAGGACAGAUGAUUCAAAAUUGUGGUAUGAACGAGAUCAAUAUGGCAAUCUAAAAGCGACAGAUCAUAAGGUUGAGAAUGGACUGAAUCAUGGAAAUUGUUUUUUCUAUGAAUGA